GUAGGCGGCCCCUCCCAAAUCUACAGAGGGUCAGAUAGUAUUUAAGAACUCCAUCAUCACUGUGGGUUUCCAUAGUAAGCCCAGCCACCUUCACCAGCGCAAGCAAGAGAGUGCUCCGGCGCCUACAGACUGCCAGCCACCCAAACUCUCGUGUCAAAAGGGUUCAUCGUGACUCUUUACUAGACCCAACCCUGCACCCCUAAAGGCACCCUCACCAUGAGUCUGGACCCAGGCAAGCUGCCGCCCACCCGCGUCGUCGGGGGCCCUGCCACACCCCGCAAGGGACCACCCAAGUUCAAGCAGAGGCAGACCCGUCAGUUCAAGAGCAAGCCCCCAAGGAAGGGCAUCCAAGGCUUUGGAGAUGAUAUCCCCGGAAUGGAGGGGUUAGGCACUGACAUCACUGUCAUUUGCCCAUGGGAAGCCUUCAACCAUUUGGAGCUUGACGAGCUGGCCAAGUACGGUAUCAUCUAAGGCCAACAGGACUCCAACUCCCAGAAUUCCCUCCAUGUGCUUCAAACCAUCUGCUAACCGGCCUUUUGCAGUAUGGUCCUGGCCAUGGGCUCCAACCCGACUGGAACACUCUCAUCAUACAUCUAUCUAUAUAAAAAUAUAUAUCUAUAUCAAAACGUAACGUUUGUAAAAAUAGAAAAAUUCAAAGAAAAAUAGUGCACAAAAAAGUAUCAUUCUGAUCUUCUUAUCCUUUUCAUGAGUUUCAUUUUUCCUUUUCUGCAAGAUAUUGUUCAGACUCAAACAUCUGCUCAGUGGUAGUGUCUCUGCACUUCCUCUUUAACCCAGACAGCCCGUUGCUCGGGAACAGGUCCGACCCUGUACUGGGCCAGAUCUGGCUCAGAGUUGCAUCUGUCAGUUCUGUUCGGUCAGUUCUGCACUGUAUCUGUAGACAGCAGCUGCACAACCCAGCACCCUCCCAACCCCACUCUCUUCACCUUUUUCCUGUAGCAGGCUUUUCUUUUCUGUACUUCUGUUACCUUCUCUUCCCCCCCGCCCCCCACCACCACCCCUCUCCUUUUCAUCUGGAACAGAACAUACGCAAACCAAGCAGCCUCAAAAUGAGUUUAAACAGAUUAAAAUAAGUGAUGCACCCAUGAAAUGCAUGGCUUCUCAUUUCAUGUGUCUUGGCGCCUCUGUUGCCACCUCGGAGGCACUUCCACCCAUGCCAAGAUUUUGAAGAAAACGAUCAGAGUCCCGUAGAGCUCGCAGAUCAUGCUGCUGACCAUUGUCAAGUGUAGCCUCUGACACUAUGGAUCAAAUUCCUCCCUCACCCUCUCCCUGUAUCCUCAUCAGUAUAAUCCUUUAAAGGUUAACAUUUUCUGUUCACUUCCCCCAUGUCUCAGAUGAACAUUCCACAGAAUCGUCACCUAGUGUAUGGUCAGAAAGAUGUUUUCUCAGGGAUAGGCCAAAAGCUUGCGGACGAGGCGUGAAUGUGAGAACCGUGAGGUCAAUGCACCCUCCACCAGAUUCUUUUCUCCCCCGUUUUCAUUGAGUGUAGUGUGGGGUUUCCUGUUUAUAGGAAAGGCACAUAUUAUGGGGGGGGGGGGGGGGGCUGAUUUCACUUUUUUGGGCAGGGGAUGUUUGAAGACAAAUACAGUAGUACAAUGAGGACGCCCUCUUAACACUUUGUGGUGCACUGUUCAUCUCCAUCUCCAUCAUAGCCAUUGUGUUGCACUUAUCUAGAGUUGUUACUAUCUCUUUUUCCCUUUUUUGAUCUUUCUUUUGCUCAACUUUAAUUCUACCUUUGAAUAUAUAGUAUUGCCAUUGCCAUCAUCAUCGUCAUUGUCAUCGUCAUUGUCAUCAUCAUCAUAGUCAUUAUCAUCAUCAUCUUCUUCAUCAUCUUCUUUUUGUCACUAAUUUUAGUUCCAUUUUGAUUUCCCUUGUAAAUCUCAUUGUAAAAUAUGAUUCAUUAUCCACACCCAUUUUGAUGUUGCAUGAGUCUUUUUUCUUCCCUUGAACAUCUUAGUCCUCAAGCAUGUAAGAAACUAAGUGUUUUGUUUUUAUGUUUGCCUCAUACUAUAUAUGUACACUAUAUAUGUGUGAGUUGAUUUCUUUGCAUUUGUGUUGUGAUUCGUGUUUCAUGCCCAUAUCGUUUCAUGCCCAUCUCAUUCUAUGAUAGAUCUUUGUAGAUCUUUACUUCCCCAUGUCAUCUCAUCUCAUCUCAUGUCAUCUCAUCUCAUGUCAUCUCAUUCAUGUCAUGUAGAUGUCAUUUCACACCAUUGUGUUCAUCACAGGUGCACUGUUUAGAAUCAUCUGAUCGCAAAGUGUUGUCCCUCUUGUGCACAUGACACUCUCUCUCAUCUACAUUGUGAGAGAACUAUGCAACAUUCUGUGGCUGGUUUGCACAACUUCAUAUAAAAUACUGUACGAAUGGUGACCUGGUCCUCCUCUUAAUCCUUAUUUCUGACAUGGUGUUAGAGAGCUCUUGCAACUGGUUAUAGCUAAUGUAAACCAUGUGGACAGAGCUGGAGAGAUAAGAUCUAUACAGAAAGAUUGAAAUUAAUAGUUGUGUCAUUAUCGAACAUGGCUGUCAUGUGUUCUC